AUGAGAAAAUCUUUAGCAUUCUUCUCCUUAGCUCUCAUCUUCUACCUUUCUCUUCAUCAGCAUCUUCUCUCAGCUUCUCAAUUCGAAGGAUUCGAUGCUGAAGACGACGAUGUCUCCGAAGAUUCGUCUACCAUUCCUCACUCUCUCACUCCGCCUACUAUCACCCAGUCUCACUCAUCACUCCCCGAUCCAGAACCAUCUUCCGACGACUCUAACUCCGAUCUCAUCCCUGAAUCAGACGCCGAGCCUGAAUCCGAUCCCAAAAACCCCUCUUCUACACCGUUCGAAUUCUGGGAUGAAGACGAGUUCGAAGGAUUGCCGGAGAAGGAAGCGCCGCCGGCAGAGACGCUAGAGUCUCCGUUGAUUGCAGAAAACGCUACACAGACGGUAGAUCCCGAAACCGCCUCCUCGACAGCUCAAGGCACUAAGGUAUCGUGGAGGAAGAAGAAGUUGUACGCAGUGGAGAUCGCUUGCGUCUGUUUCUUAAUCGCGCUCGCCGUCAACUACUUCGUCGGCAAACGCGAGAACGAGAGUCUCGCUUUAGCCUGGGCGGCGAAAUUCGCUUCAAAGGACACUAUAUUCCAGAAGAACUUCAGCUUGUUGGGAGUUGGUGACGGAGAGGAAUCGCCAUUGUUGCUCAAAGAAGCGUUGAACGUGUUCAAAUUCUACGCGAGUGGUCGCAGGUACUGCCAUGGAUUGUUGGCUACGAUGGAGCUCAAGAGCAGGCACGAUCUGAUCUCGAGAGUUUUUAACUUGGUGGUGCCUUGUAAAGAUGAGAUCACCUUUGAGGUUUACAUGAACGAGGAAACAAUGGAUCAUGUCGUGUUUGCGAUGGCCAAGAAGAAAGCUGCGAAAACGAUGCUAAAAGAGGUGAAGGAUCUGCAGAGAUUCGCCGGGAUUGUGUCUUCUCCCGCCGGGAGGAAAUGGGUAUCGGAGGAGCUAGCUGUGAUCUCUGAGUCUAAGGAAGUUGCUGGAGAUAUGAUCACAGACACCGUGCUUGAUCAGGUUUUCGGAGACAAGGCAAUGGAGAAGUAUGGGAAGAAUUUCAUGUCGAUGCAUAUAUCUGACCAACACCAAGGCAAACACAGGAAGAUGAUGCUUUUCAAGUUUUCCUUACCGGACGCUAAACAUAUGGAUGAUCUUGUUCGGCUAGUGGCGCUAAUUCCGUAUUACAUCGACUUAGUAGGACGGUACAGACUCAGCUCACAGGCGCGGAACAAAAGUGAGAGUGGUAGGCAAAAGGCAGCAGAGGAAGCUUAUAAGGAACUACAGAACGCGAGGCAAGAGGCGUUGCAGAAGAAGAAAGCAGAAAGGAGGAAAAUGAUGGAAGAAGCGGAAGCAAAGAUGAGCGCCGAAGUGUUGAGGAAGAAAGAAGCAAAAGAUAGAGCAAGGCAAGUGAAAAAGGCUGUGCCUAAAGCUAAGAUGAGCCGUCACUAG